AUGGAAGUAGAUCGAGUCGCGUCUGAUUCGGAAAACGUGGCGGUGGACGAAAAUGCGGUGGAGAAACAAGUCGCGGACGGGGCCGGAGACGCCGCUACCUCCCACACGGAGAAGUUGCGUCGCAAGCAUAAGAAGUACGCUCGCAGUAAUAGCAAGGAAGGCCCGAGUCCGGUAACGACACCGCUCCCGAAAUAUCGUAGUUGGAAAAACAGCCGACGUCCCCGCAACGGUCAUGGCAGAGGGCUGCCUAAGAAAGGCGGUGCCGGAGGAAAGGGUGUGUGGGGAGCUCCCGGGUCGGAACUCCUCGAGGAGUACGUUGAGGACGCGAACGACCCCAACUACGACUCGGAGGCCAUUACCAACGGCGACGUCGAGUUCAAGCAGGUGAUCAUCGAAGCCGAUCCUGAGGAAAUUGUGCGAAAAUCCGAACCGGUGAUAUUAGAAUACUUCGAGCAUGGUGACACUAACGCUGCGGCCGAGGACUUCCUGGAAUUCGUUACUUCGAUGAGGAGUCAUUUGGUUUGCGAAACAAUUAUAGAAAUAGCUCUGGACCACAAACCGUCCCACUGCGAGAUGGCAUCCGUGCUAAUCUCCGACCUCUAUGGCAGAAUAUUCUCUGCUAAAGACAUUGGCUAUGCGUUCGAGCGUCUGCUGGACAAGCUCCCUGACUUAAUCCUGGACACUCCGGACGCUGCUGUUCUGUUGUCCAACUUUAUCGCUCGCUGUGUGGCCGAUGACUGCCUGCCCCCUAAGUUUGUACAGACGCAGGCUCAACUAGACCUUAAUCCUCCUGCCCGACAAGCGAUACACAGGGCGGAGACGCUGCUCUCCAUGAAGCAAGGUUUAGUUCGACUGGACAAUAUUUGGGGAGUCGGCGGUGGUAUAAGGCCGGUGAAGUCGCUGAUCCGGCAGAUCCAGCUGCUGCUGAAGGAGUACCUGACGUCCGGCGACCUGGCGGAGGCCAUGCGCUGCGUGCGCGAGCUGGAGGUGCCGCACUUCCACCACGAGCUGGUCUACGAGACGGUGCUGCUGGCGGUGGAAGCGAUCAACUCGGGUGUGGAGGAACAGCUGUGCACGUUCCUGGCGGAACUGCGGCGCUGCGUCGUCGUCACGCCCGACCAGAUGGACAGGGGAUUUCUCCGCGUCUUGGAGGACAUGUCUGACAUAGUAUUGGACGUCCCUCUCGCCUACAUAAUGCUGGAUCGUUUUGUGGAGCGCUGUACGGCGCGCUUUCGACUUUCCGACCACGUGCUAGCUCGUAUGCCCACCAGAGGUCGCAAGCGUUUCGUUUCCGAAGGCGACGGUGGCGCCAUAAAGGACCACGCGCUCAAGCUGAGAGAAUAAACCUGCGCUACACACAGCCACACACAGAUCUCAGCGUAAUAGUAUUACAAAAACUAAAUUUUUUUUCAAGAGCUGACGAAACUGCAAAAUUAUAAAAAAAAACAUUAGACAUCUACAAUAUUCACUGAAGCGUUAUUUAAAAAAAAAAAGUAGACUUGUCUAUGAUUAUAAUUUAUUCUACUGAUGUAGUUUAUGUUUUUUAUGUUUCUUAUAGUAUAAAACGCGUUAAAAAUGUGAGAAAUAUUUGUAAUUGUAUUCGCCAGCGCUUUUUUAUUAUUAUUUUUUUACAAAAAAGUUUGUAAUUUAAUUGAACAUACAGAUAAUAAAUGGUAUUUUUAGAAUUA